AUGGAAGGGGGCUUGGACCUGAAUAAUGUGCAGGAAUUACAGUCGGAAUUGAGUCGGUUGUAUCGAGCACUAGAAGAGAGCGAUCAUGAUAUCAGAAAAUACAGGGAGGAAAACAAGUCUCUCCGCGAAGAAAAGCAACUGUACCUCAGUUCAGCGAAGGCAGCCGAUUCUGGCGACGCUGGACAAUCGGCAAAAAAGAUCAUUGAGCUCAGCAAGAAAGUCCGUAACAUAACAGCUGAAAUGGAAAGCGCAAAGACAAAGGUCAGAAACUCGGAGAAAGAGAAUCGAGAGCUGAAGGCGAAAAAUGACCUUUUGGCGGCAAAACUGAAGCAAAAUAAUAUGGACUCUAAUGUGUCAGACAGUGCGAGCGCAUUUUCCCUACAGAACUUGUCAAAAAGAUAUGAAGCAGAGCUGCGAGAAAAAGCAAGGAGAGAAAAGGAACUGCAAACUCAAAUUGAACAACUUCAACUGGAGAUCAAGUCUCAGAAGAAAAUACUUGAGCAAGAGCUUGGCGAGAACUUUACUUCAGCUUCUUCCCUGUUGAAUGGGAACUGGAAAGGUCGACAGAAUCAGAUUAUGGCCCUGCAAAGUCGAAUCAAAGGGAUGGUUCAAUUUUUUUAA